UCUUCACGCCGCUCGCUGUCGGCCAUUUUUCUUUUUUUAACAAGCACAAGCUCCCAGAAACACCAAACACAACACAGCCCCGUCACCACUGUACACACUGACGGAGUAUACCGCCACUGUGAGGCCGACGUGAGCAGCAGUCAUGUCCGACUUCAUUGAGAGCGAGGCCGAGGAGUCGGAGGAGGAGUUCGCGGAGAAAGACCUAAAGCCCAAAAAAACCCAGAGGUUUCUGGAAGAAGAUGAUGAAGAGGAAGAAGAAAACACAGAGGACCAAGAUGAGCGGGGAAAUUUGCGUGGACUCAUUGAUGAUGGAGACGAGGAGGGGGAGGAGGGGGAAGAAGCUGGAAAAAGUGGGAGUGGAGCGGGGAGCGACUCGGAGGAGGAAGUCAGACAUCGACGAAAAAAGAGAAAUUAUGAUGACUACCUGGAUGAUGACGAUCUUGACCUAAUUGAGGAAAACCUGGGUGUUAAAGUGAAAAGAAGGAAGAAGAAAUAUGACCGUGUAAAAACACUGGAAGAUGAUGAUGAUGAUGAGAAAGACCUAAUUGCAGAUGAGAUCUUUCAUGGGGAUGCAGAUGGUGAUCUGGAGGAAGGAGAAGCUGUGGACGAGCCUCUCCAACAUGCAGAUGACGAUGAAGAGGGAGAGGACGAGGAGUCAGAUAUAGACGAUUUUAUCGUAGAUGAUGAUGGACAGCCCAUCACUAAAAAGAGGGGGAAGAAGUUCUCAGGAUACACAGAUGCAGCCCUCCAGGAGGCCCAGGAGAUUUUCGGUGGCGACUUUGACUUCGCCGACUUUGAUGCGGACGCCUACGACCAGGGUGAGGAGGAGGAAGAGGACCAGGAUGAGGAGGGCUGGGACCGGCCUAAGAAACAGACUAAGAGGAGGCAGGGGAGGAAGAGUAUCUUUGAGAUCUAUGAGCCCAGUGAGCUGGAAAGUAGUCACAUGACCGACCAGGAUAAUGAGAUCCGCACGACAGACAUGCCCGAGAGGUUCCAGUUACGCUCCAUCCCGGUGAAACCUGCUGAGGAUGAUGAGCUGGAGGAGGAAGCCGAGUGGAUCUUUAGACAUGGCUUCUCCACUCUUACAAUAUCCAUGCAGGAGAGCACAGAUUACCUAGACAGAGGGACAACCACAAACUUCAGCAGGAAAGGUCCCAGCACUAUUGCCAAGAUAAAAGAGGCCCUCAACUUUAUGAGGAAUCAACAAUUUGAGGUUCCCUUCAUAGCUUUUUACAGGAAAGAAUAUGUGGAACCAGAGUUGAACAUCAAUGACCUGUGGAAGGUGUGGCAGUGGGAUGAAAAGUGGACUCAGCUGAAGACCCGGAAGCAGAACCUGACCCGUCUGUUUCAGAAGAUGCAGUCCUACCAGUUUGAGCAGAUCUCUGCUGAUCCUGACAAACCUUUGGCCGACGGCAUCCGUCCUCUGGACACUUCUGACCUGGAGAGGCUGAAAGAUGUGCAGACUCUUGAAGAGCUGGGUGAUGUGUACAACCACUUUCUACUCUACUAUGGCCGAGACAUCCCCAAGAUGCAGAACUCUGCCAAAACCAGCAAGAAGAGGCUCAGGAAGAUCAAGGAAGUGACAGAGGAUGGUGAAGAAGAAGAAGUGGAGGUAGAAGAAGAGGAAGAAGAACAGAAAGGACCUGACCUUAAGCUGGCAUCUCGUCGAGAUAUGUACAGCAUCUGUCAGAGUGUAGGACUUGAUGGUUUGGCUAAGAAGUUUGGUUUAACUCCAGAGCAGUUUGGAGAAAAUCUGAGAGACAGUUACCAGCGUCACGAGACAGAACAAUUCCCUGCUGAGCCCGUAGAACUAGCCAAAGAUUAUGUGUGCAGUCAGUUCAGCACUCCUGAGGCAGUGCUGGAAGGAACAAGGUACAUGGUGGCCAUGCAGAUUGCUCGGGAACCUCUAGUCAGACAUGUUCUCCGACAGACAUUCCAGGAGAGGGCCAAGAUCAACAUCAAACCUACAAAGAAGGGCAAAAAGGAGGUAGAUGAGGCACAUUUUGCCUUCUCCUUCAAGUAUCUUAAGAACAAGGCCGUAAAGGAGCUGAAUGGAGAUCAGUUCUUGAAGAUGUGCCUGGCAGAGGAAGAGGGGCUGCUUUCCAUUGACAUCUGUAUCGACCUUAUAGGGGUCAAAGGAUUUACUGGGGACCAGACAUACUUUGACGAGAUCAAACAGUUCUACUACAGGGAUGAGUUCAGUCACCAGGUGCAGGAGUGGAACAGGCAGCGAACUUUAGCCAUAGAGAGAGCUCUCAAUCAGUUCCUCUAUCCUCAGAUGGCCAAGGAGCUCAAGAGCAAACUGAUCUCUGAGGCCAAAGAGAGCAUCGUCAGGUCCUGCUGUCGCCGACUGUAUAACUGGCUUAAGGUGGCUUCUUACAGACCAGAUCAGCAAGUUGAGGAAGACGACGAUCUGAUGGAUGAGAGUCAGGGCAAAGGAAUUCGGGUACUGGGUGUGGCAUACGCACCAAGCAGAGAUACACCAGUUUUCUGUGCUCUGAUCAACGGGGAAGGAGAGGUGGUGGACUUCCUGCGUCUGCCCUACUUCAUGAAGAGGAGGAAUGCUUUCAGGGAGGAUGAGAGAGAGAAGAAGGCCCACGACAUUGAGACUCUCAAGAAGUUUCUGUCCAGCAAGAAGCCGCAUGUUGUAGCUGUUGCUGGAGAAAGCCGAGACGCCCAAAUGAUCAUGGAGGACAUCAAGAGGGCCGUCAGCGAGCUCGAACAAGAGUCCUCUCUGCCUGCUGUGGGAGUGGAACUGAUUGACAAUGAACUGGCCACGUUGUACAUGAACAGCAAGAAGUCUGAGGUCGAUUUUAGGGAUUACCCCCCUUUGCUGCGACAGGCUGUGUCGAUAGCCAGGAAGAUUCAGGAUCCCCUGGUGGAGUACGCUCAGGUCUGCAGCUCGGACGAAGAUAUUCUCUGCCUCAAACUUCACCCGUUACAGGAACAAGUGGUGAAGGAGGAUUUGCUUUCUGCUCUUUACUGUGAAUUCAUCAACCGUGUCAAUGAAGUUGGAGUGGACGUGAAUAGGGCGAUCGCUCAUCCUCACACUCAGAGUCUGGUCCAGUUUGUCUGUGGUUUGGGACCAAGGAAGGGCUCCCACCUCCUUAAGAUUCUGAAGCAGAACAACACUCGUCUGGAAAACAGAACCCAGCUCGUCACAAUGUGUCACAUGGGACCAAAGGUUUUUAUCAAUUGUGCUGGUUUCAUCAAGAUCGACACUGCGUCCCUUGGAGACAGUACGGACUCCUACAUCGAGGUUCUGGAUGGGUCUCGUGUCCACCCUGAGACAUACGAGUGGGCUCGUAAGAUGGCUGUAGAUGCCCUCGAGUAUGACGAGUCAGCAGAGGACGCUAACCCAGCCGGAGCCCUGGAGGAAAUCUUAGAAAAUCCAGAACGUCUCAAAGAUCUGGACUUGGAUGCCUUCGCUGAAGAGCUGGAGAGACAGGGUUACGGCAACAAGGGAAUCACUCUGUAUGAUAUCCGUGCAGAGCUAAGCUGCAGAUACAAAGACCUGAGAGUUCCCUACAGGGUACCCAACACCGAGGAGGUCUUCAACCUGCUCACCAAGGAGACGCCAGAGACCUUUUAUAUCGGUAAGCUGAUCACCAGUAUAGUAACUGGUAUAGCUCACCGGCGGCCGCAGGGCGAAAGCUAUGACCAGGCCAUACGUAACGAUUCUACAGGUCUGUGGCAGUGUCCCUUCUGCCAGCAGGACAACUUCCCUGAGCUCAGCGAGGUGUGGAAUCACUUUGACAGUGGUUCGUGUCCAGGUCAGGCCAUUGGGGUGCGGUCCAGAUUAGAUAACGGCGUCCAGGGAUUCAUACCAACCAAGUUUUUGAGUGACAAAGUUGUGAAACACCCAGAGGAGAGAGUCAAGGUGGGCAUGACGGUCCACUGCCGCAUCAUGAAAAUCGACAUUGAAAAAUUCAGCGUUGACCUCACAUGCCGCACGUCCGAUUUGAUGGACAAGGCCAAUGAGUGGAAGCUCCCCAAGGACAGCUACUAUGACUUUGACCAUGAGUCUGAGGACCAAAAACAGGAGGAGGACUUAAAAAAGAAACAACAACGAACACCAUAUAUAAAGCGUGUGAUUGCCCACCCCAACUUCCACAAUAUUAGUUUCAACCAGGCGGAGAAGAUGAUGGAGACCCUGGACCAGGGAGACUUGAUCAUCAGGCCGAGCAGCAAGGGAGAGAACCACCUCACCGUCACCUGGAAAGUGGCUGACGGUAUCUACCAGCACGUGGACGUGAGAGAAGAAGGCAAAGAGAAUGCGUUCAGCUUGGGACACACUCUCUGGAUCAUCAGUGAAGAAUUUGAAGAUCUGGAUGAAAUCACUGCUCGGUACAUUCAGCCAAUGGCGUCAUUUGCCCGGGAUCUGCUCGGGCAUAAGUACUUCCAUGAGUGCAGUGGGGGAAGCAAGGAGAAAAUGGAGGAGUUGCUUGUCAAGACAAAGAGGGAAAAGCCUACUUUUAUUCCUUACUUUGUUUCGGCUUGCAAAGAAUUGCCCGGAAAGUUCGUCCUGGGCUAUCAGCCUCGUGGAAAACCACGGGUUGAGUAUGUGACCAUCACCCCAGAUGGCUUCCGCUACCGCUCACAGAUAUUUGCUACAGUAAACGGACUAUUCCGUUGGUUUAAGGACCAUUACCAGGAGCCUGUACCAGGCAUCACCCCCAGCAACAGCAGCCGAACGAGGACGCCUGCGUCCCUCAAUGCCACACCGGCCAAUAUCAAUAUUGCAGACUUGACACGAGCUGUCAACGCCCUCCCACGCAACAUGACCUCUCAGAUGUUCAGUGCCAUCGCUGCAGUCACAGGCCAGGGCCAGAACCCCAACACCACCCCCGCACAGUGGGGCUCCAGCCAGUACGGCUACGGUGGCAGCACAGGAGGAGGAGGAGGGAGCUCCUCUGCUUAUCAUGUAUUUGCCACACCUCAGCAGCCCAUCGCGACGCCCUUGAUGACACCCAGCUACUCGUACACCACACCGAGCCAGCAAGCACUGGGCACUCCCCAGUACCCCAGCUCCACCCCGCAGUCCUCCCACUCUCACACACACGGCCCCCCACAACUGCCACACCACAGCCACCAUAGCAGUCACCAUGGCCACUCGUCCGGCACACCGUCAUCCUCCACCUCAUCCAGAGGACGGACGCCGCAGCAGCAACAACAACAGCCGUCGCAGCAGCCGCAGCCGCCGCAGCCAAAGCCAAGCGGAAGCAACGCCUCCGCCGUGGACUGGGGCAAGAUGGCGGAGCAGUGGCUGAAGGAGAAAGAGGCAGAGGGGCGGAAGAAAACCCCGAGGAUGACGCCACGGCCGUCACCCAGCCCCAUGAUCGAGAGCACACCCAUGUCCAUCGCCGGAGACGCCACACCUCUUCUGGAUGAAAUGGACCGAUAGGACACGGAGGGGGGCGUCGCUACACCCCCCUUACCUAAGUCCAUCCUUUGUACUGCGACUUCUUUUGGAUAAUCUUCCUCCUUUGGUCUCUCGCACGACCCAUCAGCCCUUUUGUCAGGCUGACAACUAGUUGGAGCCCUCGCCCUCCAGCUGACUUGUGUCCUCUUCAUGUCCUCCUGAUCUUGUAGAUGCAGUCGAUCAGUCUAUCAUCCAUCCUCUCUUCCGUCUGUCUGCCCAUCGUAUCCCAAACGUUUCACCUCCUCACCUCCAGUCAGCUGCUCUGGCUGUAUAGUAUUUUGUAUAGUCAGAAUAACACUGUAUAUGUCGUGCAGAAAGUCAGUACAAUGACAUUAAAAUACACUUGAAACAUCGGACAGCGGUUACAUAUAGGAUAUGGACCUAAACAGACUUUGUCAGACAAGCUGUCCUGCUGUCUUUAUUUUUUUGCAACUGGUUUUAGUUUGAUCCAUGAAUGCUUUGGAACAGAGGGGCACCGUUAGUUUCCAGAGUCCACCUUUCCUCUGGUGGAGUCUUGCAAACAGUGGCUGAAAGGAGCUUUGCCGAGCUACUUAGGGAAAUUGAAUUUUUGUCCGGAAUGCGUCAGAUCACAGAAUGAAUAAAGACUGUUUUUUUUCUUUUUCUGUUUGAACCUCAAAGCCCCUUCACAUCUGUUAAAGCGAACACAUCCGUGACUGUACAGACACGCACACACACCGAGGCUGACUUUCAAAAAGCAAAAUACAUUCGAGGGGAUCCUUCAUUUCUGCUGGUUGUUUCCACUACAUGCUGUAUUAUGAUCAGCUAAUGUAUUCUGUAGAUAGUCUUUACUGUAUUGACUCGUUUGACCUAAGAAAACUUUGUGGACACUUCUUCGUGUGCCACACUCGAGCUAACGCUGGUUGUUUUUUGAUGACUUCAUGUGAGAGGCGGUGCGGAGGAAGUUAGCAGCGUAACGUUAUCUUAAGUAACAAUAUUAUGGCUAAUUUUACAAGUGGAAGAACCUUGCCAUGUCAAGCAAGCGUCUGUGGCAGUUUGUCAGACAGGGAUUUUAUAAGUUUACUUAGAUUUCAAUCUUUUAUCUUUCUUAUGUUUGCAGUCGGGCGAGCAUUUCAUUUUUUGACAUUGGGUUUACGAUGUCUGGCCCCGUGAAGGGCUUGAUCUCUUCACACAUCGCUGCUGCAGCUGAGUACGGGACAGUAUCUCUUUUUCCUGCCGAGUGUCGACAAACAAGUGUUUCCACAGCUGCAACAUUAAAAAAUAAAACAAAAAAGUGGAUGAUUUCUCUCACUUUCUCCGACUGUAGCACUGUCAGCAGAAGAUAUUAUCAAACUGACUUCCCUGUGUUUAUAUUCUUAUUGUAUAAUAGUCGAAGCUGCACGCAACAAUUUCAGUAGAAUGAAUUUACUGUUGUUAAAAACAUUUAAUCUUUUUUUGUGAUUGUCAUGCGGCAGUUUGAGGCCACUGCAUCUCUUUUGAUUUUUGCUGUGCCCCAGUACAAACGAGCUGCAGCGCUGGUAUUCAAUGGUGAGCUUCAUUCUGCGGUGUGCAAAAAACGAUCAUGGUCCCACAAAAUGCAGAAUGUUCUCAAAUAUCUGUUCUUUGGAGUAAAAAACACUUACUUGGUUUUACGUCUCUUGCCAGAUUAAGAUGUUGCAUCUUUGAUAUCGAGGCUGUGAUCGGUCAUCGGCAGUGUUCGGUGAGGGAGGAGUGAUGUCACCGGCACUGCUGAUGACCGUUUCUACCUGUGAUCCCUUUAAUAAAAGUGUUCAUAUUAAACCCA